AUGGGCGCACCCGCGGGCUUCAAGCUGAAUAAGCCUUUGGCUUCAAUCCUGGGCAACGGCAUCCUCUUGUGGCUGAAUCUUUGGAGCUUCGCGUUUGAAGAACUCUCGGUUAUAGCAAGUAAGAUCAGUCUUGGAUGGUGGCUCUUUUUAGCGGGAAGAUAUAUGGGUGUGACGCUGCAGUUGACACUGAUGAUAGACUUCGUGAAGCUCACGACAUGGCAUUCGCAUUGGGUUUAUUUUUAUUUUGCCAAGCUGAACCGCCUGCAGUUCGGACUCUUCUCUUCGCUAUCGAAGCUUUUCUUGGGUAAAAAGAUCAAUGUGCUUCGUCACCGCGUAGACACGUGCGAGUACGAUGUCGGGCAGCUACUGCUGGGCACGCUGCUGUUUACAAUUUUGGCUUUCCUCGUGACUACCAAUCUGGUCUUCUUUGUGUUCUUCGCCGGGGUGCGUGGCAGUAUCGUACUGAUAUCAUUGAUGCUUUGGCUGCCCGUUGUGGUGCUGAACUCGCUACCGCUGGCGUCUCUUGUGUAUCGGGUGUGGAACUCGCGUUUCUUCAUCACGGCGAUGGAGCUAGACAUUUGCCAGGACCCCGAAGACACGAGUGCAGUCUUAGAAAAGUACAUUUCGACAAGCACUCGCGUCGUGGGAAAACACCAAUGA